AUGCCCUCCAUAGAUGUGUUGGUCCCACCAGGCCAACCCCUAGAGGGUGUACCAGAAGAGCCCCCAGCACCUCCACCCCCGGUGAUUGGUAUUAUUUACCCUCCACCAGAAGUAAGGAAUAUUGUUGACAAAACUGCUAGUUUUGUAGCUCGUAAUGGACCAGAAUUUGAAGCCCGCAUCCGACAAAAUGAACUUGGCAAUCCAAAGUUCAAUUUUCUUAAUUCUGGAGAUCCGUACCAUGCGUAUUAUCAGCACAAGGUCAAGGAGAUAAGGGAAGGAAAAGGACCCGAUCCUUCAGCACCAGCGCCUCCAGGGCCGCCGCUACAGCGUCCGGGCCUGGCGCCCGCCACCGCCGCCCGCCAGCAGGAACUACUCAAAGCGGCGGCGCCAGCGGAGCCCCCGCCGCCGCGCGACCCCCCGCCCGAUUUCGAGUUCAUCGCGGACCCGCCCUCGAUCUCCGCUCUAGAGUUGGACAUCGUCAAGCUCACCGCGCAGUUCGUCGCUCGCAACGGCAGGCAGUUCCUCACCGACCUGAUGAAGAAAGAGGAGAGGAACCACCAGUUCGACUUCCUCCGGCCGCAGCACUCCCUCUUCCAGUACUUCACCAGGCUGCUAGAGCAGUACACGAAGGUGCUGCUGCCCCCGAAGGAGCUCGUCUCCAAGCUGACCGCGGAAGUGAGGGGCGGGGUGCUGGAGCAGGCGCGCAGCCGCGCCGCCUGGCACUCGCACCAGGCGAGGCGCAAGGCCGCGGACGAGGCGCGCAUUGAGAAGGAGAGGCUGGCGUACGCCUCCAUCGACUGGCACGACUUCGUCGUCGUCGAGACCGUCGACUACCCGGCCGGGGAGCCCGGGGACUUCCCCCCGCCGACCACUCCGCUCGAAGUCGGCGCGAGGGUGCUGGCCGAGGAGAGGGGCGAGGACAUUACGCACGGGAACGAGGAGGACGACACCGAAAUGCAGCUCGAGUCGGAGUCCGACUCCGACACGGACGACGACCUCGCCGAAAUGGAGGACCGCACGCAGCAGCAGCAGAGGCCGGACGACAACCGCGUGCAGGACAUGGAGGAGGACAGCUCCUCGGAGGAGGAGGAGCCGCCGGAGCCCAGGCAGCCCGACGAGGCGCCGCUGCCGCCGCGGCCGGACCGCGUGGUCGUGAAGAAGUACGACCCCAAGAGGGCCAGGCCGCAGCCGGCGCCCGCCAGCGAGGAGUGGCUGGUGUCGCCCAUCACCGGCGAGAAGAUCCCCGCGAACAAGGUGGCCGACCACGUGCGCAUCGGGCUGCUCGACCCGCGCUGGCUGGAGCAGCGCGACAGGGCCGCCGCCGAGCGCACCGACCGCGACGAGGCACUCGCGCCCGGCGCCGCCAUCGAGGCCUCCCUCAAACAGUUGGCCGAGCGGCGUACGGACAUCUUCGGCGUGGGUGACGAGGAGACCGCCAUCGGUAAGAAGAUCGGAGAGGAGGAGAGACGGCGUGACGAGCGCGUCACUUGGGACGGUCACACCAGCAGCGUGGAGGCAGCCACCAGAGCGGCCCGCGCCCACAUUACACUCGAGGACCAGAUUCAGCAGAUACACAAGGUCAAGGGAUUGCUUCCGGACGAGGAGAAGGAGAAGAUCGGGCCGAAGCCGGUGGCCGCCCCGCCGCUGGGCAGGGCGCCGGCGCGCGCUCCCCCCCCUCCGGCGCCGCCCCGCGCCCCCGCUCCCGCCGCCGCCGCCGCGCCCGUGCUGCUGCAGCCCAUUCCGCCGCUGAUGGUGAUCCCGCCGCUGGCGCCGAGGCCGCCCCUCAUCCCCACCCCCGUGGGGGCGCCGUACGGCUUCGCGCCGGUGGCGCCCCCCGCCCCCGACGAGCCCGAGGAGCCGGCCGCGAAGCGCCCGAGGACAGAAGACGCCCUGGAGCCGGAGGGCACUUGGCUCUCUCGACACCCUGGCUCCGCGCCCCUGCAGGUGGCCAUACCGUCAUUGCCGGAGCGUUCUGAGUGGCGACUAGAUGGGCGCACUCUACCCCUUACCGUGCCCCUCACCACCACCGCUGGUGAGCUGAAGGCGAUGCUGCAGCGAUCCACCAACAUGCCAACAGCUAAACAGAAGCUGCACUAUGAGGGCUUGUUCUUCAAAGACACCAACUCACUAGCCUAUUAUAAUGUUCCGCCUGGAGCUGUCAUACACCUGCAGGUGAAGGAACGAGGCGGUCGCAAGAAG